CACAGAUCUCAUAGCUCCCACAUCUCAUACUUGCAUAGCAUUCGCGUGAGAAACAUAACCUUGUUUCCCUCUUAACCCUCGCAUAACACAUAUCUGCCACCAUGAAUAAUAUAGAGUUACAAGAAACAGCCGAAGUCGGCUCUUCCAGGUUGUCGCAAGAAAAAGCCCCGAGCUACUACCCGGCGGGGGAAACUCCCAAUCUCAGCCACUCCUCGGAAAAGAAAACCAACCCAACAGCCUCCUCUAUCCAGAAUUCUAGUAACGACGAAGACGACGAUGAAUCGUUCACCAAUUCAACCGCUGCGCAGGCGUAUGAACAUCAAAAAACACAAAGACAGUUAAAGUCCAGACACAUCCAGUUGAUUGCCAUUGGUGGCUCCAUCGGGACCGGUUUGUUCGUCACCAUUGCUACCGGUUUAACCAGAGCCGGGCCAUUAGGGUUGCUCAUUGCGGUUGUUUUCUGGACCACCGUUAUCUUGGCUUUGACCUCUAUGGUUGCUGAAAUGGUGUGUUACAUGCCAGUUGCCUCGCCGUUUAUCUCCAUGUCCGGUAGAGUGGUUGAUGAGGCCUACGAAGUUACCGCCGGGUGGAACUUUUUCUUGAUGGAAGCGUGUUACAUUCCGUUUGAAAUCACCGCUGUCAACGGUAUGAUUCACUUCUGGCGCGAUGACUACUCCCCGGCUAUCACUUUGUGUAUCCAGAUUGUCAUCUACACCGGAAUUAACGUGUUUGCCGUUAAAUGGUACGGUGAAUCUGAAUUCUGGCUUUCUAUCGGGAAGUUAGUCCUUUGUAUCGGUUUAUUAAUUUUCACUUUGGUCAGCAUGUGCGGUGGUAAUCCUAGUCACGACGCGUUUGGUUUCCGCUACUGGAAAAACCCAGGCUUGUUCGGUACCUAUGUCACUACUGGUGGCAUGGGGAGAUUCCAAGGCUGGUUGGCCGCGUUAUCCAAUGCUUGUUUCUUUGUUGUCGGUCCGGAGUACAUGUCCAUGGCCGCGGGUGAAUGUGAGAACCCAAGAAAGGUGUUGCCGGUUGCAUACAAGACGGUUAUCUACAGAUUGGCGCUCUUUUACAUUGGUGGUGCUUUGUCGGUGGGUAUCUUGGUUGCAUACAAUGAUCCUGUCUUGCUUGAAAAGCUCACCAGCUCCUCGUCCAACUCCGCUGCCUCGCCAUACGUUAUUGCCAUGCAAAACAUGGGAAUUAAGGUCUUGCCUCAUAUUGUGAACGGUCUUGUGCUUUCUGCCGCCUUCUCCGCCGGUAACUCCUACUUGUACUGUUCCUCUAGAUCGUUGUACGCCUUGGCCUUGAAGGGUUACGCUCCAAAGGUCUUGAGAGCGGUCAACGGCCAGGGUGUCCCAUACUACUGUGUUGCUAUUGGUUUCUGUUUCUCGUGUUUGGCGCUUUUGCAGUUGGGUAGCAGUGCCUCUGUUGUUUUGGACUGGAUCGUUAACUUGUGUACCGGUGCUCAGAUGUUGAACUACGCGCAUAUGUGUGUCACCUACCUCAGUUUCUACCGCGCGAUGAAGGCCCAGGGUAUUGAUAGAAACGGUUUGCCUUACAGAGCCUGGUUCCAGCCAUAUAGCAGUUAUUAUGCCACCUUCUUCAUCUGGAUCAUGGUGUUCAUUUUGGGCUACACCGUCUUUAUGCCGGGUUGGUGGUCUGUUGAGAACUUCUUGUUCUCCUAUUUAAUGAUCUUUAUCAACAUUGCCAUUUUCGUAUUCUGGAAGGUUUUGAAGAGAACCAAGUUCAUCAAGCCAGAAGAAGUCGACUUCGUUUGGGGCUUGGACGAGAUUGAAGAGCACGAAUACGAGUUUUAUGCCAAGUUGGAGGCGGAGGGAAAGUCUGGCCAGCCAGAAACCUGGUGGAGUAAGAUCAUGGUAUGGUUGUUCUAGCUUUACCCCACCAGUUUAAAUUUCUCAUUUUCCCAUAGAGGUUGCCAAUCCUAAGAGAGUGGCUCUGUUUAAUACCAAUAAUUUUGAUAA